UUAUCCUAAAGGUAUUCCUUCAUGCCUCACACCCUUCUCCCCUUAGAAAGUGACUCUCUUUCCUGAGCUCUCAUAGAAACCUCGGGUUUUGUUGAGAGUUGAUGUGUCUUUGAGCCUAACUUGCCACACUUUUCUUCCCUACAACUCAGACAUGGUGUUCGGGCUCUGCUAAGGCUUUGGUCCUGUGGAGAGUGAUUCCCACAGGGACAAAGCUUUAAAUCUCGCUUUGUCCCACAGGAUGAAGCACCCAUCAUCCAUCCUAAUAUUUCAGGACUUGAAUCGUCCUGAUCUAAGACCAAUUCUAGGACCAUUUCAAAUUUUGCCUUUAAUCUGCAGCUGGUGUUUCUCACUCAACGCUCUUCCAUAAAGACUGCUACUCAAAGAAAACACCUCCUCCGCCCUAAACAAGUGGCUUCAUAAACAGCAAAAAAUGGAUACUACAAAAUCACAUGGAUUCUUCCUAGCCAGCUUCCUUGUCCUCAUGUUCUUGGGAGAUCUCAUAGAGGGCUGCAGAUGUAAGCGAAUAUCUCUCCACGAAACAUGUUGCACACAUGACUUCGUAAUGAGGACCAAAUUUAUGGGUGUCAGGCCUGACCCUGCCUCUCCUUCGUAUAUGACCAUGAAUAUGUUUAGUAUUCAACCCAUCCAGGUAUUCAAAGGUCCAACAUCCUUAAGAAAUGCACAAGUUCUCUACAGCCCAGAAUCACAGUCUUACUGCGGAUAUCUACACAGAGGGCGUUUCACAGGAGAAGAAUACUUAAUUUCAGGGUCUAUUUAUAGCAAUCGUCCUGAAAUCAAAUUGUGCAGCUUUGCAGAACCAUGGGAUAUAGUAACUUCUGAACAGAAAAAAAUCCUGAAAGAAGGUGGUUGUACGAGCUGCAGUGUCUCCUAACCUAAGUCAUAAAAUUCAUGGUCUUCGCUGUCAAUAUGCUACUGCUUAGAGAAUGAGAAAUAAACUAGAUGUACCUGAAUGCUUAUUACAAGAAAGCAAAUAUUCAAAACAAGAUGAGCAGCAAAUAAAUCUAACAAAUGAAAUGAAAUGAACUGUGAUGUAAGAGUGUCAUUUAUUUUUCAGAUGUGUAUGUUCUCCAUGUCAUUCCAUCUUGUUAUGUACAAAAGGAUAAAACAUCCACAAACACUGUACAAUUCAGUAUCCUAAAAACAGUUUUCUGAAAAACAGCAAUUCUAUGAUAAUACCCCAACAACUCACAAG